GAGGGGCGGGAAAUCUGUGGACUGGGGACAGCUCCAAAACCCGGGAGUAGGCUGAAUAGCUGGGGCCCCCGACUCCGAUCUGGGCUCUAGGAGCGUCUUUGGUGCUGUUGGCCCGGGCCUCGCUUCCCCCCCAUUCCCGGCCUUCCGGGCUUUCUCGCCAGCAAGGCCGGAAGGGAGCGGUCCACCUGCAGCCCAGUGUUCUCAGGCGCCUGAGCCCCGGAGGUCAAGCUUACUGGGUUCCCCCUCUAUAGUGAGCUGGAGUACAGACAGCAGGAAUCUCAGUCCCAGGUUUCUGCUUUGGAGGACAAAACCCCAAACGGACCUGAGCGGACGUCCUGUUAGCGGGUGGUGCCUGGAAGAGCCUGGGGUGAGGAAUGCAGUGAGAAGGGUGUUGCAGUUCUUCAGGAGAGAGAUAGUGUCUCACUUGGUCACCCAGGCUGGAGUGCAGUGGCGCAAUCUUAGCUCUCUACAGCAUCGAUCUUCCUCCUGGGCUCAAGCAAUUCUCCUGCUUCAUCCUCCUGAGUACCUAGGACUACAGAAAAUGAUCCACAGUCUAUUUCUCAUAAACUGUUCCGGUGACAUAUUUCUAGAGAAGCACUGGAAGAGCGUUGUGAGCCAGUCUGUCUGUGAUUAUUUCUUUGAAGCUCAAGAGAAAGCUGCUGAUGUUGAAAAUGUACCACCUGUCAUUUCAACACCUCACCACUACCUCAUCAGUAUCUACCGGGAUAAGCUCUUCUUUGUAUCUGUCAUACAGACUGAAGUGCCACCUCUCUUUGUAAUUGAGUUCCUACAUCGAGUUGCUGACACUUUUCAGGACUACUUUGGUGAGUGUUCAGAGGCUGCAAUUAAGGAUAAUGUGGUCAUAGUAUAUGAACUCUUAGAAGAAAUGUUAGACAAUGGAUUUCCACUGGCUACCGAAUCUAACAUUUUGAAAGAAUUGAUUAAACCACCGACAAUUCUACGCUCUGUUGUCAACUCUAUUACAGGCAGUAGUAAUGUUGGGGACACACUCCCCACAGGGCAGCUGUCCAACAUACCAUGGCGUCGGGCAGGGGUAAAGUACACAAACAAUGAAGCCUAUUUUGAUGUUGUUGAAGAAAUAGACGCAAUUAUAGAUAAAUCAGGAUCUACAGUCUUUGCAGAAAUUCAGGGGGUCAUUGAUGCUUGCAUUAAACUAUCUGGAAUGCCUGAUCUCUCCCUUUCUUUCAUGAACCCUAGGCUUCUGGAUGAUGUCAGCUUUCACCCCUGCAUCCGGUUCAAGCGUUGGGAAUCUGAAAGAGUUUUGUCAUUUAUUCCUCCAGAUGGAAAUUUCCGACUCAUAUCAUACCGUGUCAGCUCACAAAAUCUAGUGGCAAUACCAGUGUAUGUGAAACAUAGUAUCAGCUUUAAGGAGAACAGUUCUUGCGGCAGAUUUGAUAUAACAAUUGGACCAAAGCAGAAUAUGGGGAAAACUAUUGAAGGAAUUACAGUGACAGUUCACAUGCCAAAAGUUGUGCUGAACAUGAACCUGACACCCACACAAGGCAGCUAUACAUUUGAUCCAGUCACCAAGGUACUAACAUGGGAUGUGGGAAAAAUUACUCCACAAAAGCUCCCAAGUCUUAAAGGACUAGUAAAUUUACAGUCUGGAGCCCCCAAACCAGAAGAGAAUCCGAGCCUCAACAUACAGUUUAAGAUCCAGCAGCUUGCUAUUUCAGGCUUAAAAGUAAACCGUUUGGACAUGUAUGGGGAGAAAUAUAAGCCAUUUAAAGGAGUCAAAUACGUCACGAAAGCUGGAAAGUUCCAAGUGAGGACAUGAGAAGAGGCCAAAAUUCCUCAGGACCAGUUUGUUUUCCAAGUGUCAUUACGAUGUAUCACUAUUAGGUACCAAGUGAGUGGGAAUACAUAUUCUAGUUAAAGCAUUUGUGUCUAGCUACACACCGCUAACAAAGUUACUUAGUUAUCAAUGUAGGAUUCUUAAGGAGCUUUAAGCUAAGGAUACCUUUUAGUGACUUAGCUUAUUUUGUAUCUUUUCACUUAGGAAGAUUUUGGAGGUGAUUUUUUUCCAUAGGAGGAUACCAUCUGGCGGCUGCACAUUGUAACAGUAAAGGCAGAAAGCUAUAGUGAUAACCUCUCUCCUAAAAGAGUUAACUGGUCUCAUCCAGCAGAAGCUAUCUUAAAUCUGUGAUGUGUCAGGUGCAGCCAAAUAUCACACCUUCUGAUCUUAGCCAUCCCAAACCAGUAUCUGUCCCAAGAGAGGAAAUUCCCCCCACCCCCAGAAGUUUACAGAAAACUGCCUCUUCAAGUGUUUGCCUUAUUCAGCUUUUCACUUGUGCCAUUAAGCAAGCACUGUAGCAAAAGCCACUUCCACAUGGCCCUGGCAGGGAGCACUGCUGCUCCAUGCUCCAUUCUCACUGUACUUGGUAUUGUAUUUUUUAUAAAUAAGAUUUUUAUGUAAAGCUUAGAAUUUGAUUUACAGGGACCUUGCUGCAGUAAAUACCAUCUCAAUUUUGUGCCACUGGUUCAGCUGUUAGCACAGUAAAAAAAUCAUUUGUAUCAAAGGGGCAAAUGCUUUAUUAAGGUAGUAAAAGGGAACAUUACUUCUGCUUUUAGGAAGUUACUGCAAGCACAAGCAUUUGUGCUUUUAAGCAAAUUAAAGUAGUAAAAGAAAAACUUAAGUGAAACCUUUGCCAUCUUCAUGUUUUAUAAUAUAAAGCUUACCCAACACCAGUUAAGCCAUGGUUAACCUAAAUGCCUCAUGCCCCAGUUCAGCAAAAGGAGGAAAAUGUGCCUGCCUCACAGUCAUCAGUCUUUUUAAAUCUUUUUUGUUGUUGUUCUUAAGGGUUUGAAUUUGUCUGCAUUCCUUGUCUUUAGGGGAAAUUCCCUUUUCAUAUUGUGUGCUUCCCAAAGCUAUAGUCAUAGAUUUCUUCCAGAAACUAUUGUCAUAAUUGUCACUGGAGUGCUUAAAUAUACGUACUAUACUGACAAAAUACAUGGAAGUGAGUUAUAAUGAGGCAGAAACAAAAUCCUCGGUAACACUGAUGAUACUCUACCGAUCACCGUGGUUUUGGAAAGUCAGUCAACAGUUGUAUUAUUGCACUCAAUUUCAUUGUGACAUUUUAUUUAACUUCUUCAUCUUGGUGGUCCUUGCCCAGUUAUUUUGCCUCAUUAGACAUCAAGAAAUGGAGAAAGACUGAAAGUUAAUAUCUUAAGUGCUUGUUCUUCAUGUUUCCUUCUUGUUAUUUAUGCUAUUCUCUUUGUGGCUCCAUUCUUCUUUCAAUCUUCUCAGCUUAUAACCGUCUUUCCCUUAUGCUAAGGAUAGCCCUUACACUCAUCCCAUCUAUACUGUCAAGGGCUGCUGGUUGGUGCUGGUACAAGGAGCCCACUCAGCAGUUUUCUUACCUUUGCCUGCCCUGCCUUUCAUGGAAUAAGAAAGGCAACGUUUUGCAGCUUCCAAAUUUCUGAAGAAACUAAUCUCAGAUUGGCAGUUAAAGUCAAAAUGUUGCCAAAUAUUUAUUCCUUUUGCCUAAGUUUGGCUACCUGGUUCAAUUGCUUUUUAUUUUUAAUGUCUUGACUCUUCAGAGUUCGUACCUCAAAAGAACAAUGAGAACAUUUGCUUUGCUUUCUGCUGAAUCCCUAAUCUCAACAAUCUAUACCUGGACUGUCCAGUUCUCCUCCUGUGCUAUCUUCUCUUCUAUCCAAGUAGAAUGUAUGCCAGGAGCUCCUUCCCUCUAGCAAUUUCUACUAAAAUGUCCAAGUAGAAUGUUUCCUUUUACAAUCAAAUUACUGUAUUUAUUAAUUUGCUAGAAUCCAGUAAAUCAUUUUGGUAGCUCUGGCUGUGCUAUCAAUAAAAAGAUGAAAGCAA